AUGUCUUUCAACCCGCUACCUAUUAUCCAGCCCAUCCCAGUUCCCUUGGGUCCUCCCAAGUACGAACUUCUGAGACGCUCUAUUCUCGAGGAAUUUGCAGCCAAAGUUCCUCCCCAUCUCCGUGUCCCUGAAACGUAUAUCGCGAAACCCCCGAAAAAUGUCACUUUCAUUCCUCGCGAGUGCGGUAUCUUAUCGCCGGAAGAGAUUGACAUCACGGAGAACUACGAUGCCACGGCACUUGCUUCUGCUAUCGCCUCAAAGAAGCUUAAGGCAGUUUCUGUUGCUACCGCAUUUGGAAAACGUGCCAUUCUUGCCCAUCAAGUCACCUGCUGCUUAACGGAGUGGUUUAUGGAUGAGGCUAUCCAGCAAGCCAAGGCCCUCGACGACUAUCUUGAGGCGACAGGCAAGACUGUCGGGCCGUUACAUGGUGUUCCGAUCAGUAUCAAGGAGCAUAUACCUCUAGCUGGACAUUGGUCUUGCGUGGGAUUCUUGGAUACACGGACGAAGGAUGAGGAGGAUUGCCAUAUGACGGCCAUCUUGCGACAGGCUGGGGCCGUCUUCUACUGCAAGACGGUACAACCUCAAUCCCUCAUGCAUCUCGAAUCCGACUCUAUUUAUGGUCGCGUCUUGAAUCCUCAUAAUAUCAACCUAUCGGCCGGCGGGUCUACAGGUGGAGAAGCAGCCUUGAUAGCCAUGCGAGGGUCGGUCUUGGGAGUCGGCACGGACAUCGGCGGGAGCAUCCGAGGGCCUUCUGGCUUUUGUGGCAUUUAUGGCUUCAAACCGAGCUCCUAUACUCUCCCUAUGAAGGAUUUCAUUGCUGGCGGAUUUGCCGCAGAGCUCAAUAUCCUCUGUUCUACGGGGCCCAUGGCCAACUCAUUGAGGGAUAUGGAUCUGUUCAUGUCAGUUGUAUCCUCUGCGCAACCUCAUUUGAAGGACCCUCGACUUGUUCCUAUCCCUUGGACCGGCCUUGAUACCACCAUGAAGGGCCCCCUGAAGAUUGGUAUUAUGGCAAGCGAUGGUGUUAUUUCUCCGCAGCCGCCUGUCACCAGGGCACUCAGCUGGGCCAGGUCCAAGCUGGAGAAUUCGAAUCAAUUCCAAGUGAAAACAUUCGAGCCUUAUCAAGUCGAAACAGCUAUGGGGAACAUCUCACUAACUUAUUGGCCUGACGGUGGCAAGGCAGUAAAGGCGCAUCUGGAGAAGACUGGGGAGCCCUGUUAUCCGCUCACAAAAUGGGUGAUUCGUGAGGCUGAAGGUCGUGAACUGACAGCGGAGGGAAUACUGCAACAGCGAGUAACUCGCGAUCAAUUUCGCUGCGAUUUCGCCGAGUACUGGGAGUCUCAGGAUGUGGAUGUUGUUCUUUGCCCUGUCUAUGUUGGCCCAGCUGCUAUCCAUGAGACGAGCUUUUUCUGGAACUAUACAGCCUUCUGGAACUACGUGGACUACCCCGGGCUUGUUUUCCCUACACAAAUCAAAGCUCAAGGGAAAGGGAUUGAGAGCUACCUAGCUAGCGAUAUUACUCCACUGAGCGACAACUGCAAAUUUGUCCGGCAUUUGUGGGCAAAUGGGGAUUAUGAGGGUGCGCCCAUUAAUUUGCAGCUGAUUGCCAGGAAGUACUACGACAGCGAUCUCUUUGCAGCUCUGGGUGCGAUUAAAGGAGCGCUCGAGCUGGAAGGCUGA